AUGGGCGAGACUGUCUUUGGCGAACUAUUAUUGGAUUUGAGGCGUGAGGAGUGGACUACUGAAGCCGAUGCUGCAGAGGCUGCUAUGAAGCUUCGUGCCGAGGCAUGGGAUACACAGGACGUUCCCUUUGGCAGUGGGAUGGCUUGGAAUCGACUGGCCAAGAAGGGAUGUACUACUGGAGCACCAACAAAGACAAUCAUCAGCAUUUUGGGACACAUGCCUACAGUCCCACAUUGCAACGCUAUUCACGUCCACGAUGAUAAUAUUCACCUUCGGAUCCUAUUGCCUCCCUUCUCCGGUGCCAAAUCUAGUAGUUAG